CCGCAGCCUCGCCCUGCUCGCAUCUUCCUCUCCCUCUCAGCGCUGGUGCUCAAUCUACAGGUCGUCCCGCUCCCUACACACCCGCCCUCCGGUGUGAACCUUCAUGACGUCCGCAACCACUCUCCGAUCUGCUGUCGUGACCUCAUCCAGCCGUGCUGUGGCAGUGGAUCGGAGUUCGCUCCAGCUCUGAUUGAAUUCCACUACUAUAUGUGCCACUUAAAGUUGUUAUGUCAAAAUAUUAUGGUGAAAGCGAGCGUCUAUUGGGAUCUAUUUUUUAUCUUGCAAAUGAUCUUCCUGAAGGAGACAAAUCCCCACGUCCAGAGUUACAAGAAGAUCAAGCUUGGCUGUGGCUGCAGCUGUGUUGCCUCCUCUUGUUGGACCGAAGAGAGGGAGGGGAGAAGCAGCUGGCGUGCAGACUUCUACUCAGGUGGUCUUUUAUUCUCUAUGGGGCUUCUAGGAUACAUCUUCUCCAGAAGCACCAUAAGUCUUGUCUUGGGCAUUACACCAGGGCUAGCCACUCUGCUACUUGGCACUCUCAGUCUGAAGUUCUGGAGGAGCGACAGAUCCAGCUUCCUGCUUAUCUUGGCUCAGGCAGAGGUGAUGCUGAUGUGCAAGCAUCUUCACCUUGAGUUCUGCCUUGCCAGAAUGAAUCAAGUUUAUUUUCCCAUCCUGCUCCAUUUGAGGCAAAUUGAACAGGGAUUUGUUUGGCUUCCAAAUGGUUUGUUGGUCCUAAAAUAGUCAGAAUCACAUGACAUCUGUGCUAUAGAUAUGGACCUCAGUGGUUUUCUCCACAUUAGGAAAGCUGGAAGAGCCGUUUUGAACUCAAUUUUUUUGCUAACAGUGGUGUUAUGGUGAAACAGAGUUUUGUGUGUAUGUACCAACAACUAAAAUGUAAACACGACAUUAUCAUAGUUGAGUACAGGAAUAAUUAUCUCUUAUAUCUUAUUGCAAAAUCUGAAACAGUUCUCCUGUAGAUGGUUAGCUUGCAUUUUACGCUACAA